ACCUUCUCUCUCCCCCUCUUUACCUCCCUCUCUCCAUCUCCCUCUCGCACUCUCUGGUCCCCUCUUCCUCUCUCUUCCUCAGGCGACUCGCCCCAGGAGCUGGGUCCGCCUGCGGAGCCGCCGGGCCAAGACCACAGGCUGGUUGAUCAUUAACACAGUGAACCUGAUCAAGCAACCCAUGACAGCUGUUUUUGCCUGGUACUUGGAGUGGACUAGCAGGAAGAUGGUUGAGGAUCCAAAGAGAAAGCUGCUCACUGUUCUUGCUGUCCUCUUGCUGCUCAACUCAGCACAAGCAGGGAAUACAGACAAACUCUCAGGGCAUCACUGUACUGACUUCCAGACAGCCAAUUUCCUUCGGGGCAGUAAACUUAAGGUCCAGUUUCUUCUGUUCACCUCCUCAAACCCCAGCUGUGGGGAGCUGAUUUUAGCUGAUGAUGGCAUCAAGAACUGCAGCUUCAACAACAGCUUGGACACCAAGAUUAUAAUCCAUGGCUUCAGGGCUUUGGGUACUAAACCUUCCUGGAUUGAAGGGCUUGUCCGUGCCAUACUGAACACAAGCCCGGUGAACGUGAUUGCAGUAGACUGGGUUUAUGGGUCUACAGGAGCCUAUCCCUCUGCAGUGGACAAUGUCACAGAGCUGGCUCUCUCCAUCUCACAAUUCAUCAGCAGGCUCCUGGCCUUGGGAGUCUCAGGGACGUCCAUCCACAUCAUUGGGGUAAGCCUUGGGGCGCAUGUUGGGGGCCUGGUGGGGCACUUCCAUGGCGGUCAGCUGGGACGCAUAACAGCCCUGGAUCCUGCAGGCCCUAAGUACACCAAAGCCAGCCCUGAGGAACGCCUGGAUCCUGGGGAUGCCCUCUUUGUGGAAGCCAUUCAUACUGAUGCUGACAGUUUUGGGAUCCGGAUCCCUGUAGGCCACAUCGAUUACUUCGUCAAUGGAGGCAAAGAUCAGCCAGGAUGCCCCCGAUUCCUCUCUGCAGUAUUUUGUCUUGCAGGCUAUAAAUACCUGACCUGUGAUCACAUGAGGGCAGUAGAUCUCUAUGUCAGUGCCUUGAAAAAUUCCUGUCCCUUCAUGGCUUUCCCUUGUGCAAGCAAUGAAGAUUUUUUAAGUGGUCAUUGCCUGGACUGUGUGGACCCCUUCCUGUUCUCCUGUCCCAGAAUAGGUCUGCUGGAGCAGGCAGGUGUCAACAUGACAAAGCUUCCCAAGGAAGUAAAAGUGUAUUUAAUGACCAGUCCUUCGGCUCCGUACUGUGUCCAUCACAGCGUGGUUGAGUUCCGUUUGCAGAAGAAAAGAAACGUAGUCACCAGCAUUGAGGUCACUUUCUGGAGCAACAGCACCAAGGACACAGUGAAGAUCACCAUACCGAAGCAGCAGGAGGUGGGCAAAAGGCUGCUGGCCCACCAAGUUCCCCUCUGCCAGAUAAACAGCGUCACACUCAAGUAUCUCCCCAAGAACCAGUUUUGGAGGAAGGACGAGGCAUCCAUUGACGGCAACUUCUGUGCAGCCCCACUGCCUCUGGAUAGCAACAGGAUAAUGUCAUGCCUGCCCUGGAACCUCACCCUCCCCAGCAACACAGACAUCUCCUAUGAGCUGCACACUACUUGUGCCUAGCCACUACAUUUGGAGCAUGCAUGCAUACCCCAAAACGGAAAGGAUCCCUACACCUAUUGCUGCUGUUUGCUCACAGAUGAUGCUUUCACCGUAAAACUGCAUGGGUUAUUUACUUCCUGCAUAAGGGCAAGGAAAAGCGGCAGAUUGGUGAGUACAAGGUUGACUGCCUACAGCAAGACCUCUCAGUUAAAAGGCUGGAUUUGGACUUCUAUCUCAUGGGUUCUGUACCCAGCUCUGAGUGCAACUAUCAGCCCACUCCCAGGAGCUGUGUUGAUUAGCAGAAAUGUGCUAAGUGAGUACUGAGUGAGUGAGAAGAGCAAGUAAUUUAAUCUGAAGAUUUGGAUCUAUAUGAAAGAAGAGAUAAUAUCAUUCUUCCUACAACAGGAGUUUUGGAAUGAUUCACUUGUGGUUUAUAUUAAAGUGCCAGAGCUCUUCAUGUUAAA